AUGUCCUUUUUCUGCUGCUGUCGUGGUCGGCGAACUACGACAGAUUACCGAGAACCAGACCGGGAAAUCCAAGAGAUACUCGACUUUCCAAUCCACCCACCUCGUGCGAGGCUAUCCAAGUCACUGUUUCCCGCACCCGAGCUUGAUCUUUCAUCACCACACAUCGCAGUAACAAAGGCCCCAUCUCUACUACAUAGUUCGAUACCGGAGGUUACAGUUGAUCCUACUAUCCUCGAAGUCGAUGAUUCCGACGAUGAUGAACCUGUGCGAAGCAUUAGAAACUCCAGCACCGGCACACUAGAGGCUAUCAAAACCAGGUUUAUUAGACCGCUAUCUCAAAAAUCAGAAUCCAAGAGACACUCGCAGCAAUAUCUCGGUGCGAGUGAAGAGGAGAUCGCGCGGCGUGCGGAGUUGAAGCGUCUGAUGCACAAGAGGAUUCAAGAAGAGUUAAAAAGUGAAGAACAAGAAGAAGCAGACUCUAAGGCGACCAACCCCGAUGAAUCGAAACCUGGAAGUUCCGCUAAUGUUGGAUUACUUGGUGGUGGACCUCGAGAUAACAUAGAAUUUUCCUUCUCGGACGUGAACGAAAUCAAUUCCAAAGAUUCGGCGCUUGAGUCGGCGGAUGCUGUACCCCUUGAGCUCCCAGAGAGCAAAUCACAGCCACAGAUUUUCCUUCGAAGGAGUAGUUACCCGGGAUCACCAAGUCGAUCCCAUGAUAGUUUCGUCCCUAGAAGUCAUGGAAACCUAAAAGAGCAGGGUUCUUUGCCUCAAUUCCCUUCUUCACCUCAAUUAGCCCCUGUCCAUUUACCAAGUGCUCGAGGCUCAGAGUCGCUCUGUUCUUGGCGACUUUCUUACAGUGCCGAACAGCUCGCAAACUACCUUGGCCCCCCUGAAGAUCCAAGGCCUGAUGAAGAGUCCGAACCUGCUAAGUCUAUCGAUGAAAUGGAAGGUGUCGACAAAGAUGGCGAUGAUCACGAGGACAAUAUUGCGAGAUGCCCUUCGAUUAGUCAAACACCUGCGGAGAGCUUGGAACCAAUUGACAGCACACAGCAGAAAGAGCCGACUAAAAGUUAUGAGCGACACGACCAAAGUGAGAUAAGAAAUCCCGAGAGCCCACGCACCGAGAGCUCCAAUCACGAAGGCUCCGGUCAAGAUUCGCCGUUAGACAUGUGGUUACGUAGCCAAGAGUUACAAUCGACUUCAACCUUAUCAAGCAGAAGAACGAGUGGCAUGAUUUCCCAGAUGGCCCUCGACAAUUUUAACCCAGGAAAUUCAGACUCGCCUCAAAAAUCAAUAAAGGACCCACAGAACGUCUUCAAUAACUUGUCUGCUUCCCCUCCAAAUGCAACGGCUCUUCCAUGCGGUACACACGUAAACACUAACUCGGCUGAACUACCACCCUCUUGGCCGGAUGUUCUGCGGCGACCCAGCGAGGGCUGCACCAGCUCUCCUGGCGAUAAUAUUCCCGGUUCAGUGGAUCAUGUUCGGGAUGUAUCUUCCUCCCAUUAUGCAUCCUCGCGAUAUACUACUAGGCCUAAUAGUUGCCAGGCCACAGAAAAGGAAUCACGUCUGAGUUUGAUUGAGCUUUUGGGAGGACGAAAGGCUAUACAGCCGUUCACAAACUUCAACCGUCUUAUAUAUCCUAGUGGCAAGACAGAUGCCGAGAAGUCGGACGAUAGUUCGUACAAGACUGCCCCAAACGCGGCAUCAGCAUUGGAUAUAACUAUGCAUGAAACCCAACAGCUGGGACGCCCGACAGCAGAUUCAAGUUCACUGGCAGUCUCUGAUACUGCAAGCUUCAAGCAACGCGAAGCAGAGCUGAAGUCUGUUGAGCAACGAUUUACCCAAGUUCAUCUUCGCCGAGACAAUGCUGCAAGCCCGAUUAUCAGCAAGUUCCGAGAGGAAUUUAACGAGCCUCGAACCUCACUUCUUAGCAGGAACUCCAUAUUUGCUAAAUUUCAUUUGUCAAGGCCAAAAAAGGCAAAGCACCCGACAAAGGAUAUCUGGAGAUAUAGUCAGAAACCUGAGGAUGUUGUGAGUAUCGUGAAUCUGCGGCAGCGGAAUUCCAUAUGCGAUGAAGAUACCCCUGAUAACCAACAGCAGGGACAUUCCUCACAAGUCCAAAAAUCUUUAGAGAUUACCCAUUCAGACCAAGAGGGGCAACAUGGUAUCCCUAGCGUACCUAGCCCAAAAACUAGAUUGGAGCAACUGAAACCUCCGUGUCGCCACGAGGAUGACAAUAGCCCACAGUCGGACAUAUCGAAUAAUGUGCUCAGAGAAUGGGUAAACUUAAUGAACGAUGAAGAUAUCGAAUCUCAAUUAGAAACGAAAGAGGAGCUGCAGAAUCGUAGUCCUAAACGGCUUCGGACACCUCCUGCAUCGUGGGCGAAAUGGCCGUCGCAUACGCGCCACGAAAGGACAGGCCCUGCAGGAAAAGAUGAUAAUGUGAUCCAAAGGGAUUUCGCAGUCCAGGUGGGCUCCAAUACGGGUGAUAUAACUUGGUCUACGGGCAAACCCGGCGAGCCAUCAAAGAGAUAUAUAACUCCUGGAUCUCGAAGCCUAUCAGCCCAACUAGGAAAGGCCGUCAAAGAAGGCCUGGAGAAGGUCGUCCAGCGAAAUUCUUCCGAGACACAUCGUGGUCGUCGGAAGCCCGAUGGACAUUUGGAAUAUCCCGAGCUCGAGAUUCUACCGAUGCAGGGUGGUUAUGAAGAGUUGCAGGCACUCGAACAACAAAUUGGCACCAUGAAACGCAAGUCAGUGCCAGUAGAAAGACAAUUGGCGCGGCUUAGCAGCGACAACAUGAGACUGCCAUUGAGUGUACGACUCGCCGAGGAAGUUCAUAUGAUGCAGCACAAAGCCUCUAGGGAUUCUGAUUCCUGGCAUGAUGAGGACCUCAUGGUCCAAACUUCACCAGAAGUAUCUUCUAAACCCGCUAGGCAGUUACUCCUGCCACCUCAGGGGGCUUCCGAAGGGAUUGAUCAAUUCGAAACCUCCGAGUCCCAAAUUAGUUACGAGGACUGUGUGCCUAAACAUAUGUUGGAAGAUGAGGGCCCCGUGGAUAGUAUCGUGAUGGCAAUGGAGGAAGGCCGUAAUACGCAAGCGACUUAG